UUAUUUUUAAGACUAAUGCCGGAAGUUGUUCCUGUCUCUUACCGGUUUAGGCACUACAUGUAAGGGUAAACUUUGCCCGUUGCAGAUUAGAGAUGUUUUUAAUGCGCCAUUGAUAUUAAACUAACCUAAAAUGUUGAGGAGAAACGCAAAAAAACGGGUUUAAUGUUUGUUUUACAACUACAUUUUGUGUAGUUGAUCGGUCUACAUCGACGCUACGUUUAGCCGCCGAGCUAACUGGACUCUUCGGAGGCUGAACCCGGUGAGAUGUCUCGGGACAACACGCAAGGAGCGCAGUAAGCCUGAAAACGCCAGGAUGCUCCACCUGCCAUACAGCAGCCUGGACCGGGAUCGGCCCCUCAUCCGACUUCCCUACACCAUCUUCGUCAUAGGGAUGCUUCUUCUCCCUGUGGCUGGCCUACUUUUGUCCCUCUUCAUUUCUAUCAUAUACCACUUUGAAGAAGUCAAUUACACGCACUGUCAUGUGUCCAACUACCUCCCGUCCAUCAGUGCUGCCAUCAGCCGUGUGCCGGAGCUCUACAUCUGGCGCUUCUGCAUCGGGCUGCACUCAGCGCCACGGUUCCUGUUGGCUGCCACGUAUUUCAGCUUCUACCGAAAUUGUUUUGCCGCCAGGCUUCCAGAGCUGCUCCUGAGCUGGCUGGCGUUCGUGUGCAAUCUAGCUGAAAACUGUGGCCUCCUCCUCCUCACCUACGUGGCGUCCACAGAGAUCUACACAAUUCACAAAGGCGCCUUCCUGACGUUCAUUGUGAGCUCCCAACUGUACAUGCUCAUUACAUGCAGAUUGUGGUAUUUGAUCAAGACACAUCAUCUGAACCAAGAGGAACGGACGUCGUACAGGUGGAAGGUGCGCCUGCUCCUCUUCAACUUGAGCUGCUGUGGCGCUGCAGCAUAUUUCUUCAGACGCCACAACGUGCACUGUGAGGCUGGAAUGUACACGCUGUUUGCGCUCUUCGAGUACCUGGUGGUCUUCUCCAACAUGGCCUUCCACACAACGUCGAUCUUGGACUUUGGGAAAGAAUUUGUUAUGGUGGCCAUGCUGCCUGAAGACAAGCAAUACUAAAAACCAAAGG